AACCUUAUUUUCUCAGAAAAAGCGAGUGGCAUUACUCCGAAAGCAAACCAUGUGCGUCGGUCUUCAGCAGAACGUUAAUGGCCGCCUCAACAUCAAGGAGUUUUAUCUCCGGUUAUCCGUUUCCGACGCCCGGAAACCCACCUUUCCGGAUUCUCUCACCCUCCACUACCUCCCUCGCAUCAACGGAAGCGCGCUCGACAUCGGCUUCUCCAGGCUCCGACCCGACUCCCCCGGCUUCGUGACCCUGCACCGGGUCCUGUCGGCCGAGCGGGCUCCGAGGGUGGCGAUUUUCGGGAGCCGGGAGCGGGUAAGGGCCAGCGAAGGGGUCGGGUUUGAGGUCUACGUGGGGGACGAGAAGCUGUUGAAGGGGAUUUUCCGGCGAGGCGAGGAGGAGCAAGAGUGGAGAAUAGAGUGCAAGUGUGUUCUGGAGAGGGAGAUGGUUGGGCUGGUCGUGAGGGAGGCGGAGGUGUGCGUGGCGGCGGAGGAGGGCCAGGCGGCGGCGAUGAGUGCGAGGGUGGAGAUGGCGGUGGGGAGGCAGCGGUGGAGGAGGAGGUACUGUGGCUUGGAGGAUAUACCGGAGCAGAGAGAGGUGGAGUGUGAAAGCGAUGAGUGGGGUGGCUGCAGCUGCUCCGGCGACGAGGUUGAGAAGGAGGUGGCGCACGGAGAUUGCGUGGAGAUGGAGGGGGUGGGAUGGGCGGUGGACGUGGGUAUAUGGGUCAUGUGUUUGGGAAUCGGGUUUUUGGUUUCCAGAGCUUCUUCCGGAAGCCUCAGGCGGAUGAGAAAAUCAAAAUGAUUUUUUUUUUAAUUUGUUCUUAUUUCGAUUUUAAAAAGCAAAAGCAGGACAAAUUAGUCAUUUUAAUCAAUCAAUCUGCUCCACUUGUUUAACCCAUCAAAACCACAUAAUAUCACUGUCUAAUCUCUAAUUAACAAUUUUGGGUUUGAAUUAGUCAGUUCACUAACUUCACUCACUCAGAGACAGAGAGACUUCAUUUUAUAUAUUGUCUUAAAUUGUUAGCCUUAUUUUUAUUCUUUUAAAUUUCCUAAUCGACGUGGAGAUGGGAGUAAAUUAUUUUUUUUAAUUUGUUAUUAUUAAGUGGGAUGCGAUUGAACUAUUUUUGGCUAUUUUUCUUAUUCUUAUCGGCCUCGAAACACUCAG